UGAAUCAAAAAUUGCUGACCUAAUGUAUCGAUUAAGAAAAGAAGCAGCUCUUAUUGCUGGGGCUAAUAGUAUGCUUAAAUUGUUUGGUGAACAAAAGAAACCUGACCAGAAAAGUGUUAUGAACGCUCAUGAGACCUGUGCUCUAGCAAACGAGAAGCUUGACUUAAUUCGCCUUGCGCUUAAAAAAUAUUCCGAACAAUUGCCCCAUGAAUCACCAAAACGUGAACAUGUUUGUCGAGAAAUAAACGAAUUCUCUGCUUUAGGUCAACGACAAUCUUCUUGCGAUUCCCCAACUCAUGGAAAUGCUAAUACAUUCAAUUCUGAUAGAAAAAAUUCUGUGGACAUAGACAACCACCAACAACAUUCCUGGUUAGAUCAGAGACCACAACUAUACACACAGACUCAAUAUUUGUUGGCUGUUAGUGGGAAACUUGAAUUAAGGUUAAUUGGUUGCCAAGAUUUGCUUAAUAAAAUUGAUCUUCAAGUGGGGAAAAGCAAAUCAAUUGGGAAAUUAUUUCGACAACAAAGUAAUAGUAAAAUGAUCCAAGCAGAAGAAGUUUAUGCCUCUAUUCGAAUAGACAACAAAUUAAUUUCGUCAACAAAGUCAAAAUUGAUGGGUCCAAGUUGUUGGGACCAAAGUUUUUCUAUUGAAUUGGAUCGGGCUAAAGAAUUGGAAAUUGAAUUGUUUUAUAAAGAUAAACGACAAAUGUGUGCAUUUGCUGUACUCAAACUUGGUGAUUUAAUCGACAAAAGCCAAAACGCUGGCAAACACGUUCUUCUUGAACCACAAGGAAUUCUCUUUUUAGAACAUUUUUAUUUGGACCCAACAGUUAGUAGAAAACCUAAUUUACAACGACAGAAAAAGAUUUUUAUGGUUAAAGAAUUGAAAACAAAAGCAGAUACACGAAAACAAUUAGGGCCUUCAGUUUUGGGACGUUUGGUUAAUAAAAGUAAUUCUGCUGCUCAACAAUUUGAACCAGUCGUUUCUAUAGGACCAAACGAUAAUGAGACGUCAAGUAAAGAAGUAGAAUCAACAAAAAGAUUUGGAGGAAAUCAUCAAAACAAAAAACAUUCUUAUACUCCAUUGAAUCUUCGCGACCAUACAAAACAAUUAGAAAUAAUACCUCCACAAUCACUUUCAAUUGACCAAUUUCGUUUAAUUUCUGUUUUGGGGAGAGGACAUUUUGGAAAAGUUAUCCUCUCUCAAUAUAAGCCUACCAGUGAUUAUUAUGCAAUCAAAAUUUUAAAGAAAGGAGAUAUUUUGGCUCGUUAUGAAGUUGAGUCUUUAAUGGUUGAAAAAAGAAUUCUUGAAAUUGCUAGUUCAAGUAAACAUCCAUUCCUUGUAAAUUUAUUUGCUGGUUUCCAAAGCCGUGAACAUGUUUUCUUUGUUAUGGAGUAUGCAAUGGGAGGUGAUUUAAUGAGGCAUAUUCACGAUGAUAUUUUUACUGAAGAAAGGGCUUGUUUCUAUGCUGCAUGUGUUCUUCUUGGUUUGGAAUUUCUUCAUACAAAUAAAAUUGUCUAUAGAGACUUGAAAUUGGAUAAUUUAAUUUUGGAUAAAGAGGGUUAUGUAAAGUUGGCUGAUUUUGGGCUUUGUAAAGAAGGAAUGGGCCCAACUGACCGAACUUCUACUUUCUGUGGUACUCCUGAAUUUUUAGCACCUGAAGUAUUAACUGAAAAUAGUUAUACUCGAGCAAUAGAUUGGUGGGGGCUUGGAGUUUUGAUUUUUGAAAUGCUUGUUGGAGAGCCUCCAUUUUCUGGUGCAGAUGAAGAGGAAAUUUUUGAUUCAAUUGUUAAUGAUGAAGUUCACUAUCCACAAUUUUUGUCAAUUGAAUCUAUUGCAAUUAUGCGAAGGUUAAUGCGAAAGAAACCAGAAAAAAGACUUGGUGCUAGUGAGGAAGACGCAAAGGAAAUUAAAAAGCAACGCUUCUUUGUGCAUAUUCAAUGGGAAUGGGAAAAAUUAUUGAGUAAACAAAUUAGACCUAAAUUUGUGCCAAGUAUUGCUCAUCCUGAGGAUGUCUCUAAUUUUGAUGAAGAGUUUACCAAUGAACAUGCUCGCUUCUCUAGUGCAAAAUCAAAACGAGAAAUUACAGAUGCGGAUAAUGAAUUAUUCCGAGAAUUUGAUUUUUGCAAUUUGCGUUGUUGA